GCUCCCUACUGCUGGACAGUUUGAAGGAGCACAUCUCGACGACAGCCCAGGACCACUGCAAAGCAAUCUACCUACACGUCCUCACCACUAACAACACUGCCAUCAGAUUCUAUGAGAACAGGGACUUCAGGCAGCACCACUACCUGCCCUACUACUACUCCAUACGAGGGGUCCUCAAAGAUGGAUUCACAUACGUGCUCUACAUCAACGGGGGUCAUCCACCUUGGACAAUAUUUGAUUAUAUCCAGCACAUUGGCUCGACCCUGGCCAGCCUGAGCCCCUGCUCCAUCCCACAGAGGUUGUACCGACAGGCCCAGUCCCUGCUCCGCUCACUGCUGCCCUGGUCCAACAUCGCCUCCAAGACUGGUAUCCAGUACAGCAGAACAAUGUGACACAGCAUGGAGUGCAGGUGCUCCAUUUUUCAUCAGUCUUCCCCUGUACAGACGAAGAUGUACACACACUCGCUCACAUUCUCGAUCAUGUAUGUCUUUCCACCCCCUGCAGGACUCAGGUUCAACCUGUGCCCGACCGGUCACACACCAGAAUAUUUCUCCAGAUUCAGUACCUGUGUGGCACUUUUCACUCAAGGUCUGGGUUUGCAGCUGUAGUUGUGAAUCCACUUUUAAACAGGGUUGUUGCUUUGCAACAUUAUUCACAGUGCAAUGUUGUGUUUACACUGACAGACAGUGUACUCUGGUAAAACUCUGGUUCCCUCGACCUCGUUGGGCGUGAAGUCACUCUGAUGUGUAUGAGAGAACACACAUAAUUAAUCUACAUCAACAGACCAGGUCUCCUCAGUCCACUGCAGCGUUUCAUAGCUUUUCUACUGGUUUUUAUUCAGAAGUCCAACACGUCCCCAUGAUGUGGUGUCCGUCUGGUACCAAUGUCAAAGGGUAACUUUUAACACGCGAGCUGAUCGAUCGAUCCAAAUUCUUAUCGUUGAUUAAAUGAUAAAUGGUGAACGUCUGUAGUUACUAGAGAGAGAUCCCGUGUCUGGUGCUCAGUCUAACCAAGUCUGAGCAGUGUGAGAGCGGAGUGAACGACCUGGUUCUGUGACGUCGGUCCUGAUAACCACGGGUCGGGGGUGUAACACACACACACACACACACACACACACACAC